AUGGUGACUUCCCCAGCAACUUCGUCGUCGGAACAAACCUCCGAUACCGCAGCUCCCAGGAGCCGGCGGUCACGCGUGUCGGCUGAGCACACAUUGAACAGAGUGCGCGAGAACCAGAGGAGACAUCGGGCCCGACAGCGAGACCACGUCGCCUCUCUUGAGCAAAAGCUUGCAGAGACUGAGAAACUGCUUGCAGAGGCAAGGGCGGAAAUCGCCGUGUUAAAAGGACAAUCGGCCACCAACUCACAACAGCAAGCCAACGACGUUCAAAUCGAAGAAGCGGCGCGAGGAGUAAGAUAUGAAGAGGAAGGGAGCUCUGGACUGCAAGAAAUACCAUGCCCAGCACCAUCCAGCCAGCAAAAUUCGCUAGCCCUCACCGUCCAACCAGGAGCCGACAUCGACCCGCAGCUGGCCUACCCUGAUGUCCCCAUUCCAGACCUUUCCUUCCUUGGCGAUUCAUCCUUCUAUCUGUCGUCAAAUACCUCGCCUACAACUUCGCUCUUGGCCAUUCCGUCACAGGACCUUAACAUCAUCUCCAGCAACACUACCGCCGGCCCACCACCAUGUUGUAGCGACCCAUUACCGUUAUCGAAUUCGACUAAUGACUUGGAGUGCUCGUCUUGCAAGACUAAACCUCCACCCGAUCCAUCAGAGAGCACUACGCUGUGCGCUCAGGCAUUUGUUAUGAUUGGGCAGCAAAACUUUAGGAAUCUAGAUCCGGAUACCAUUCGACUUUGGUUGGCGCAGGGACUGAGACGAGCGCAAAGGGAAGGUGAGGGUUGUAGGGUUGAAAACGGGGCGUUGAUGAGGUUGUUGGAUUUUAUUAGUGGAUUGUAG